AUGACCGCGCCAGAUCGUGCCUCGAAGCGCGUCAAGGUCGAAGUCGAUCCGCAUUCUGGGCUUCAAUCUGGGAUUCCUGCGCAGCCAAAGUUCGUUGUUGGCGACAAGGUCUACAAGGUCUACAAGUCAACUGUCUCACAGGCAGUUAGGAUAACUCUGUUCGAAAUCACGGACAGAGCUUACAGUGGUACAGAUGGAUGGUCUUAUCGGAUCAAGAACGAUGACUUCUUGGGCGAAGGCUGCGUACUAUGGGUUACCGAGAGCCACCUCUACACUGUCAAGUAUUCUCUAGGAAAGACGUUUCAGUUCCGCGUUGAAGGCACCGCGGACACCACAUACACUACAGGCGCAGUCACAGGCUGGAGUCUUGUGGACGGCAAGGUGGUGUACGACAUCAAGAUCCCGGGCACGGUCGAACGCCACGACAAAUUAUCACUCGAUGUGAAGCUCGAUGGUCUCGAGGUCAAGGCACAGUCCUGCGAGGGCAAGUUCGCGCCGGCUGAUCGUUACGACGCACAGCUCAUGUCGUCUACUUAUCAUCGAAACAAGGUUGUGCUGGUGACGCAUUGCACACUCGGGACAGUCCAAGUUCCUGCAGAUAAGGUGGAUCGUAUUGCAAUGGGUUACUAA